AUGUUAGAUGAAGACUCAAUACAAGAUAUUGACAUUUCUAUCAAUGAUUUGUUUCCAGUUUUAGUGCAGACCAUAGUAUGUAUAUUUCAAAAAGCAAUUUGGUCAGGGCAAGAUGUAAUAUUAUAUUGGCAUCACUUUGCUGGAAAAUGUGGCAAAAGAAUAGGUGAAGUUUCUGUUAGUAACAAGGUCGAUAAGAAAAAGGUAACCAGUUUAUUAUAUCACAAAAUUAAACAGUUUCUAUCUGAUAUCACAAAUGUGAAUUUACGACAUAUAAUUCUUAAAGCUAGAAAAAUUAGAACACUUUUUAGUGUAGUAGGAAUAGAAAAAAUUAAACAAGUUUUAUAUAGUGCAAAUAUAAUUUCUAACCUUUCUUAUAUACAAAUCCAAAACAUCAUAAAUUAUGUUAACGAACAGACUUCUAACUCAAAUAUUUCACUAAACAAAAAAAUUUUGAAGGAAACUGAGGUAAACGAAAAAGUUAAUAAAACAGAAGUAAAUAUAUCUAUUGAAUCUCAAUCCCCUAUUUUAUCUAAUAAUAAACCAUCUCCAGAAAAUGAUCAAGAUUUAGAAUUUUCAAGAAUCAAAAUAUAG